UUUAAGUGACCUCUCCUGUCAUAUAGGGCAAUGAUCCUAAGAUAUUCAUGAUACACCAUGGUCCGUUUCGUUACAUCGAAGAGAAUAACUUACUUCCUUAUAAUAAGGCAACUGCGAUUUGAUAAACAUGAUUUUGUGGCCGCGGAGCUGGAGAAGUUGUUUCUUAAUAGCUUGGGUAACCUCGAUUUGUUCAACCUCCCUCCCUCUGAUGAGUUAGAAAGAAUCAUACACUCCUUUUCAAUCAGCUCCGAACUCUUAUCGAAUGCCCGAUCUACUCUGAAUUAUGCAUCAUACAAUACAGCUCCAUACGGAAAUCCACAACUACGAAAACCCAACAACCAUUCGUCAGUAAGCGAGUCAGGUGUUUUUGUUGUUUCUCAAAAUAAUGCUUCCACUCCUGUAAUACCUCGAGCUGAUCCCAGAACUGACCUUGCUGGAUCAUCAAUCACCAAUCAGACCACAUCAGAAAGUCCUGUCCAAGUGUUUAAAAGAGGGAGGACUGUUUUUAAUUCAUCAUCAUCAUCAGUAAGUACACAUGACCAAGUUCCAUCCACCGCUCCUCAAACUGAAGAAUUUGUGAAUGAACUGAAAAAGAUAUCACAGGAACUAAGAAAUGUGGAUGAAGUUUCAGAGAAACAAUCACCUAAUUCAUUUCUUUCAUUUAAAUCCAGUAAAGCUGAGUCACCUCAAUGUGGCACCACAUUGCCCCAAAAGACUUCUUCAAGUUAUCGUAGUGUUGAUGAUCUCGAAAUAGUGGCUGAUCAGGCUGUGGAAUCAGAGGAGAAAAUCUUGAAAAUAACUAAAGAUGAAGCUUUCACAGUCCGACUCUCACCGAAACUGAUGAACACAGUUUCUCAAAAACCUCUGGAGCAAGUUCCACCUAAUUCGUUUAUUUCGAUUAAAAAUAAUUUGGAAUCAGCAAAAUCAGACCAUAUUGAAUCUUUACAGCCCUCUGAAGUUACUAAAGAAAUAUCCGAGAAUGCAGAUAAAAAUGUGAAUUCUUGUCCUAAUCUUCCUUUAAACAAUAUCAAAUCACCUGAAAGUGACUUAAUCACAUCACAAAAUCAGUCUGAAAAACUUCCUCAAGCUUGCUGUGAUAACGAAACUGUUAAAAUACCUGAGGAUGGAGAUGAAAGUGUGGAUACUAGUCCUAAUCAUCCUUCAGACACUAUCAACUCACCUAGAAAUGGUCCUAGCUUUACCAAUGAUUUAAACCAGAAUGAGAAGCACACUUAUGAAUGUAAAAUGCCAAGAUACAUCCGAUUUAGUGACUUUGGUAGACCAGAAGAAUUUGCAAACUGUCUAGAAGCACCAUCUGCCUCUUCGAAGAAGAAUCUGGAACCAAAGAUAAAAGCAAAAGAGGCCGACUUUAGUGAAGCGUCUGCUAGUGGAUCUGAAAAACCAAUAAUUAUUCAGAGUGAUGACAUAGAUUCUUGUUCCCCUAACAAUUCACCUUCAACCAGUCUCAGUGCGAGUCUUGACAUCCUGAAUCACAGUAAGAUUAUAACAUUCCUCAAUGAUAAGAAAGUUAUUGUCAUUGAUGAUGAACACAGUAUUGAAGUUAGAGACAAUCCUGAUCUACAUAGUAUGGGGUAUGAUGACAAGCUUGAAGUGAUCAAACUACUCGCCAAAGGAUGGAACGACAAACUUCUUUUCGAAAAAAGAGUGAUUAAAAAAUGCUUGUGUUCAGAAAAAUGUGUCCUUGGAGAGAUUCUUCAUGCUGUUUUUGGCAUUAAGAUCUGUACCUUUUUACUGUUCAAAGUAAUUCCCAAAGAGAAAAGUAUUCAAAUAAGACUUCAUCCAAGCUUCUACACUGAUGAUCAUUUUGAAGUGAUUAUGUCUAGGCUCCAUUGUAAAAAGAAUCUGCAACCUAAGAUAGAGACAAACACUGGUCUUAAUAAAGCAUCUGCUAGUGGAUGUGAUAGACCAAGUCAGAGUAAUUCCAUCGAUUCAUGUUCCUCAAUACCUUUACCUCCACGCAGUCUCAAUGCUAGUCCCAACGUUCUUAAUUUAGACUGCGACUACGAUAGAAGAUUAACAAUCCUCGAUGAUAAGAAAGUUAUUGUCAUAAAUUCCACACACACUAUAAAUGUUGAGGACAAUCCUUCUCUACACAAAAUGGAAUAUGAUGAGAAGGUUGCUGUGAUCAAAAUUCUCGCUGAGGGAUGGAAACGGAGGCAUACUUUCAUAAAGAGGGUUAAACAACAAAUUCAUGUGUAGGGGAUGGAACUGGCAUAGGAGAUAUGCUUUAUGCUGUUUUCGGUGAUGAUAUCUGUACUUUUGUAAUAUUUAGAAUUAAAAAGAAUGACAAUUAUCAAGUAAGAUUGAAACCUAGCUACAGUGAAGAUCAUUUAGAGAGGAUUCUGUCCACGCUCCAAGAUCAAGUUAAACCGUAGUGACAGGAAAUGGGUAAAUGUUUUAUUUUGUUUAUUGGCGAGUUAUGAUUAGCUCCAUUAGAUGAUUGACUUCUUGAUUGUAGGUCUUUUUAAUGAUAGGGUUUUAUAGUUUUAAUUUUAAUGUAUUGAUUGGUAGAAGCUUAAUUCUUAUUAUAACGAAAAUUGUAUUGUAUUUAUUUGUGCAUCGAUUUAACGAUUAUGGGACCAUUUAUACUUUUUAAGA